AUGUCAAAACGUCAAAACUCAUAACCAACUAAAAUGACCACCAAAAUGUGAUUUUGCCCGAUAUUUAAACCAAAAAUCCACCAACACCAUCAAAUUCACCACCGGUCCAUACAAUCCAUAGAGUUGAUUCGAUUAUCCAAAAUGGGUAAACUGCCAUACAUGUACACAGAUUCGGAUGAGACAGAAGAAACCUCCAGCUCGGUGGAGAAUGUGAAGAAGAAGAAGAAAUUCUCAAUCCUAAAGUACACUACCGGCAAUAUAAAGAAAAAGAAAUGCAAACUGCACAGCAAGUCCGAACCGGACGAUUCUGACUACCGGAGCCGGAGCGGGCAACGCAUACGCAGGUUACACGGCAUCUUGAAGAACGACAAGGAGAAAGAUUAUUCAACGGAUGACGACGAAGAGAGCGAGCCGUCCAAGACCAAAGCGUUCAGGUCGCAAGACAAGUGCCUGGUGGGGCGGGUCCCCCGGCCUGCUGGGGCGAAGCCCGGCCGCGGCGGCGGCGUCGCUAUUAUCGUGAGGAAGAACGUCAGUCCCAUUCACAAUAAAGUUAGCUCAAGACCCAAGCACCAAACCCAGCUUACUUUCAUCCCGCUACUUAAGUACGAUCUCAACUAG